AUGAUAGGUAACCUCACCUUACCCAAAAUCCCGGAGUCGAAUAUGGCUUUCAGUGUCUUGGGAGUUUUUCUAGGACUGCUCUUGGAAGUCUCCACUCACGGCCCCUCCAGUGUGCCCAGGUCAUCAUGGAAACAUGAAGAUGUGAAUUUGGUGGAGUUUUCUGAACCAGGCAUUUUCAACUACUCCACAUUGUUACUUAAUGAAGAUAAGGGUGCUCUGUAUGUGGGUGCAAGGGAGGCAGUCUUUGAGCUCAGCGUAAAAAACGUGUCAGUCAAGAACAACAAGGCUGAAUGGAAAGUUCCGGACUUGCCAGUGUCCAUGUGUGUUCUAAAAGGAAAAUCUAAAGAGAGAGACUGUUUGAACUAUAUAAGGGUUCUCCAAGUCCUGGAUGCAGAGACAUUGUAUGUGUGUGGAACGCACGCUUUUCAACCCCUCUGUGACUACCUGUCUCUGAAAGACUUCAAAUUGCAGAACAAACAGGAGGAUGGAAGAGGGAAGUGUUCAUUUGAUCCUGCUCAGAGUUUUACCACUGUCAUGGUUGAUGGAGAACUCUACUCAGGAACAGCAUAUAACUUCUUGGGAAGUGAACCAAUUAUCUCUAGAUAUUCUCUCUCCCAGAGUCUGCUACGCACAGAGUACUCAACAUCUUGGCUGAAUGAACCCAGUUUCGUCUUUGCGGAUGUGAUCAGAGAAGGGAGAAACAGUUCAGAUGGUGAAGAUGAUAAGAUAUACUACUUCUUCACUGAGGUGUCUGUGGAGUACGAGUUCUUUGGCAAGCUGCUGAUCCCCAGGAUAGCACGUGUCUGUAAGGGUGAUCUGGGUGGCCAGAGGACACUUCAGAAAAAAUGGACGUCUUUCUUGAAAGCCAAGCUUGUGUGUUCCAUGCCUGAACUGAACUUUGUCUUCAAUGUGGUCCAUGACGUGUUUAUUCUGAAAACGCCUGACUGGAGAGAGACUGUCAUUUAUGGUGUCUUCACCUCCCAGUGGGGUAACGUUGGUUUGUCAGCAGUAUGUGCAUACAACAUUAAGUCAGUGGAAGAGGUCUUCUCUAAGGGCAAAUACAUGCAGAAGGCCACAGUUGAGCAGUCCCACACUAAGUGGGUGAGAUAUAAUGGAGUCACCCCAAGCCCACGACCUGGAGCGUGCAUCAACAACCAACUCCGCAUGCAGAACAUCAACAACUCCCUGCACCUGCCAGAUAAAACACUUCAGUUUGUGAAGGACCACCCAUUGCUGGAGGAUCCUGUUCUGCCCAUUGGCGGUGGCCCCAGACUCAUUACCAAAGACGUCAACUACACGCAGGUCGCUGUGGAGAGGGUCCAGGCCCUCGACAAAAACCUUUAUGACGUUAUCUUCACAGGAACUGAUACAGGCAUGUUGCAUAAAUCGGUGGUCUAUGAAGGAGAAGUGCACACUGUUGAAGAGAUUCAACUUCUGAAGAAUUCUGAGCCCAUUAAGAGUCUUCUGCUCUCCACACAGGGGCCCAGAUUCCUGUAUGCGGGGUCGGACUCUGGAGUAGUUCAGUCCCCCACAGCCUUCUGUGAGAAAUACUCCACGUGCGUGGACUGCAUCCUGGCCCGAGACCCUUACUGCGCCUGGGCUCCCCGUGCCUCUGCCUGCGUGAAUAUACUCAAGGAACAAGGCAAAGCACAACAGCGGAAACUGAUCCAGAAUCUGAGUGGAGAUGCUGAUAAAUGUCCCACAGUGAAAGGCCUGUCCGUAGAGGACUACCAGCAGGUCACAGUAAAGCCAGGGAGCUCUGCAGAGCUGCCCUGUCAGCUGGUAUCUAACCUGGCACAUACUGUGUGGAAAAUCAAUGGCACUGCUCUGACUGAGGCCUCACGGUUCCACCUCAUGAGUGAGUCCGGGCUUCUCAUCUACAGCGUAGCCCCUGAGGACCAAGGUCACUAUGAAUGCUGGUCUCUGGAAUCUGCUGCCAAUAAGAACUUCACCCGUCUGGUUGCCGGCUAUAGUCUCAUCCUGGACAUGCCCAAAAGUGCCCAUUCUCCUGCCCUCCACCCAUCCUACGCCUCCUCAUCUGACGACACUUCUUCCUCCUCAGCCCCUGCUGGUUCCACAUCCCGUGGACCCACUGUGGCAGCUGCUGCUGAAGGUAAUAGAGCUGGACCAACCCAACUAACGUCUCUCUCUCCCAGCACAACGGCCCCCUCACUAACAUCCCCACCCACCGACGUAAUACACGUCAUCCCCAGGGUCUUUCGCCCUCGCCCAAGCGGACCGCCCCGCCCUGAAACACUGGACCCAGAGGCCGAGUACCUUCAGCACGAUAACAGCAACGCUCUGCUCUUCCUCUUCCUCCUUUUCUUCCUCCUCUUCCUUGCGGCGUUGGCCUAUAACUGCUACAUGCAGUACCUGCCUGCGCCGUGUCUGCGGCUGCGGGCUGCGCUCCUGGGCAGCCAGAAGAAGUCUCAACCCGAGUACGUGGCCUGCGAGGCCGGGCUGAUGGAAUCGGUGACAGAAAAACAGGAGCAGACAGAGCAGCCGCAGCAGAACGGGGCACAGCUUCGAGCCCUCAGGGACACGGGCUACGAGACGGAACCCGAGUGCAGCAACGGGGGCAUCCCCUCUCACGGAUACGGGGACGAGAGCCCGCCCACCGGGCGACCCUUCGAUAUUGACUGUGAAUCACAGCCAAUCGAGUAUGCAGAUGCGGAUGCUCCCUCAAAGCCACGGCAGUCUAAGGAUGAGACGCUGGACAAAAUUCACACUAAGCAGCCCCUUAGUUCCAACCCUUUAGGUGACGCCUCCUCCGUCGCUCCUCUCCCUCCCGUCGACACCUCGUCCUUGCCCACCUCAGGGAGUAGUCCCUCUGUCUGCUCUUCCUCCCAUUCAUCCUCCUCUUCCUCUACUUCUCCUUCUCCCUCCCGGGCUUUUGAGAAGGCUGGGGUGCGGCUCCUGCCCCCCCUGCUGCAUGACCAGGUCUGGGGAGUUCAGACUCACCAGACCCUUCUGCUCUUCUGUUUGGCUCUGGGUCCCAGUGACCUCAGCAUUCAUUGGCAGAUGAAUAGGCGGAAGCUUGAGACGCCAGUGACAGAGUACCGUCACACCCUUACCCAGCAGGCUGUGCUAGUGAGCAGCUGGGUUAGAGAAGAGGACCUGGUCAAGGAUGGCCAGUACCAGUGCACUGCCGUGUCUCGUGCAGGAAAUGACACGUCUAAAAUCGACAUCCACCUGAGCAGCCGAGGUGGGAAAUGA